GUAUUGGACCCCCCUGAGGUGAAACCGGCUUGUUGGAGACGGACACAGUUGGAGACAGGAUGAAGCCCUUCGCAACAAUUGUGCUUGUGAUGUGCAUUUACCUGUCAGGAUCGGACAGUGCAGGAUUGUAUGAAAAAUCAGUGAUAUUCCCAACCGAGACAGACAACAGCUUCGUCAGGUUGAAUGCGCCCCACUUCACCAGUUUGACCGCGUUUACUGUCUGUUUCAGGGCAGCCACUGAAGCAACUCGCUCUUACAGUUUGCUCUCCUACGCAACAAGCGCUUCCUACAACGAACUCCUGAUUUGGCAAGAAAAUAAAACAGAACUCUGGUUGUAUUUAGGAAGUUAUGUAGAUAGGUUUUACGUCCCAGAAAUGAAUUCUUUACUGAGACACAUCUGUGUGAGCUGGGAGUCUAAAGGGGGUGAGAUAACAGUCUGGGUCAAUGGGAGACGCAGUGUACGGAAGGUUGGUGGAAAGGGUCGGGUUGUGAGAGGGUCUGGUCAGUUUUUGCUUGGUCAGGAGCAAGACUCAGUUGGUGGAAGUUUUGACAUCAAACAAUCAUUUGUCGGAGAGAUAACUGAUGUUAAUAUGUGGGAUCGUGUUCUGAAACCCAAUGAGAUUGAGUUGAUCAGUCAGGGGUGUUACAGUGAUGGAGGGAACAUCAUUGACUGGGGAUCUACAACAUUUACAACAGGAGGGAACGUCAUAAUUAAAGAUAAUAAUUACUGUACAUUUUAAAUGUUUUGGCUCCAAAAAGCAUUUAAAUGUGCAGAGGGGAACACAAUCUCCUCAAACUACUGUAGCUGAAUAUAACCUUGCAUUGCGAUCUUUCCUCUCUAAACCAGAUCAGUAGUAAAAGUAGUGGUGUUGAUUCCAGAAUAAAGGGCUGUUCACGUCGGGGUAAGGGAUAACUCACUGUCCGUCCAGUUUCUCAUUACCCUCACCGACAGGGUAAUGGCUUCAAACUCAGUACACAAGAGUCUCGGCCAUUCUCCGUCACACAUUGAGAGAGGGAUGGGGAGCGGGGAACCAUGUUGGAUGUCUACAGGGAUCAGCAGGGUGUAAACCCCAGGGCACUGCCCCACACACUGACCCUUGACUGAAGCCCAGGGACUGCUCAGAACAGACAAGUCCGCCCUCUUUAACCAGACUCCCCUCCUCAUCCAUUCUGCUGGAGCCCGUCCUCAAAUCCCACCGGGAACAGUUGGGCAUCCCAGUUAAAAGGUGCCGCAGUACAGAGUGGUGUCCAGAGCAUUUGGUGCCAUCUCUCUGACACACACAUGUAGACAAGAAAGCGUCAGGGGCACGGGGGUGGUGGUGAUGGGCAGACACGGACUGUGGGAAAGUCCCUGUGGUUGAGGCUGAUCCUGUCUUGAUUUAGAUUGUGCUGAUUGGAAUUCUUACUGUCUCUCUCUGUAUUACCCUCUUGAUUUCACAUUGUUUGUUACACCAAGGUUUGGAAAGCUCACAAUGUGUUCUGUGCUUCCAGUGAUUGUGAUUGAACUGUAACAUUGCAGUUUCAUCAGCUUAAUAAACGAGCAUCAAAAC